UCUGAUAAUGGUAAUGGAGGGUUCCUUAGGAUUCCUUUUCCUGGCUUUUCUAAUUAUUCCUCUUCCUACUAAUUUCUUCAUUUUCUGCACCGGACACUCUCACUCUCACUCUCACUCUCAGCUUCGUUGCAUCGAUACCGAGCGACACGCCCUUCUCACCUUCAAGCAAGACCUUAUUGAUCCAUUAAAUCGACUCUCCUCUUGGACUGUUGAUGGGGAUUGUUGUCACUGGCUUGGUGUUGUCUGCCACAACCUCACUGCUCACGUCCAUCAACUCGAUCUUACAAGCUCAAUGUUUGGUGGUAAGCUAAAUCCUUCUCUGCUUGAUUUGAAGCAUUUGAAUUACUUUGACCUCAGCUUCAAUUAUUUCGAAGCUUCUCCUAUUCCCUCAUUUCUCGGUUCAAUGAAGAGUUUAACAUCUCUUAAUCUCUCAAAUGCGGGAUUUGGGGGACUCAUACCUCAUCAACUUGGAAAUCUCUCCAAUUUGCUCUAUCUUAAUCUCAAACAAGAUGCUAGAUUUCCUGGUUCAUAUGUGAAUAACCUUGAAUGGCUUUCUGGUCUUUCUUUGCUACAACAUCUCGAUAUGAGUUAUGUUAAUCUUAGCAAAGCCUCUGAUUGGCUACAACUCACAAACACACUCCCUUCCUUGUUUGAGUUGCGGUUGUCAUAUUGCCAGCUUCCUUUCAUUCCUCUUGUUGUUGAUGUCCACAACAUGACUUCUCUUAGGCACCUCGAUCUAUCUGGAAACAAUUUCAACUCUUCAAUUCCCAAUUGGUUGGGUAAUCUCUGUAACUUAAGGGAAAUCAAAUUGUCAUCCAACAAAUGGAGUCAAGAGAUAUCUGAAAUCUUAGAAAGUUUAUCAGGGUGUCUUUCAGAUAGACUAGAGAUCUUACACUUAAGUCAUUCUCAACUUCAUGGUCAUUUGACGAAUGAACUUGGGCUAUUUAAAAAUCUAGUCAAACUUUCUUUUCAGUAUAAUUCAAUUUCAGGUCCAAUUCCAAUGUCUUUAGGAAAUCUUUCAUCUUUGACAAACUUGGACUUUUCACAUAAUCUGUUUAGCGGAACUCUAUCUCUAAAUUUUGGGCAAUUAAAAAAUCUAGUCAGACUUUCUUUUUGGCAUAAUUCAAUCUCUGGUCCACUCCCACUGUCUUUAGGAAGUCUUUCAUCUCUGACACACUUGGAUCUUUCAAAUAAUCUAUUUAACGGAACAGUUCCUCAAAAUUUUGGGCAGCUUUCCAAGCUAGACACUUUGUAUAUUGAUUCAAAUAUGUUGGAAGGUGUUGUGUCCAAAUCUCAUUUUUCCAAUUUAACAAGAUUGAGUGAAUUUUAUGCAUUUGGAAACCGGUUGACUUUAAAUGUAAGUCACGAUUGGAUUCCUCCUUUUCAACUAGAGUAUUUAAGCUUGCGAUCAUGGAAUUUAGGGCCAAAAUUUCCUCCAUGGCUUUAUUCACAAAGGAAUCUUCAGUAUUUGGACAUAUCCAACACACAGAUUUCAGAUGUGAUUCCUCCUUCAAUUUGGAACUCGUCUUCUCAAUUCAAAUAUCUAAAUCUUUCCCACAAUCAAAUCAAUGGUGAGAUUCCAAACAAUCCUUCAAUUUUGUCUACUUCUUCAGUGAUUGAUUUAAGUUCAAACCAAUUCAAAGGUUCAUUGCCUCAUAUAUCCUCUAGUGUGAUUGUGCUAGAUCUUUCUAACAAUUCAUUCUCCAAGUCAAUUUCAUCAUUUUUGUGUUUCAAGACAAAUGACUCCCAAAGCAUAGGAUAUCUCAAUCUUGAAAAAAAUAAUUUAUCAGGAAAAAUUCCUGAUUGUUGGAUGAAGUGGAAUAGCUUGGUGGUCCUAAAUUUGGCAAACAACAAUUUUAGUGGCAGCUUUCCAGCAUCCAUUGGAUCUUUGACACUUAUUAAGUCUUUGCACCUAUACAACAACAAAUUCUCAGGAAAUUUACCAUCAUCUCUGAGAAAUUGUGAAAAUUUGGUGACUUUUGAUGUUGCUGAAAAUGAGUUUGUUGGAAGCAUACCUUCAUGGAUAGGACACAAAUUUUCAAGCUUGAUGAUUCUCAACCUUCACUCAAAUAAUUUCCAUGGUCAGAUACCAAAAGAACUUUGUGCUCUUACUUCACUCCAAAUCUUGGACCUUUCUUAUAAUAAGUUAUCUGGAGCUAUUCCUGGAUGUGUAAAAAAUUUUAGUGUCAUGGCCACAAAAAAUAAUUCAAAUCCUGAAAUGAGUUUUUAUCAAGCUGAUGAUUAUUAUGGUGAAAUUGUCCCUCUUGAAAGCGAAUGGCUUGUGAUAAAGGGCAGAGCUUUUGAGUAUAGCACCAUUCUCUACCUAGUAAAAUGUAUAGACUUUUCCAAGAACAGUUUAUCAGGAGAGAUCCCUAAAGAAAUAACCAGUCUUCAAGGAUUACAAUCAUUGAAUCUAUCAUAUAAUCUCUUGAUUGGAAGUAUUCCUGAGAAUAUAGGUGCUAUGGGAUCAUUGGAAUCAAUUGAUUUCUCCAUGAACCAACUUUCUGGUCAAAUUCCCUCAAGCAUGUCAAGUUUGACAUUUUUAAAUCAUUUGAACUUGUCAAAUAAUAAUUUGACUGGGAAAAUCCCUUUAAGCACUCAACUACAGAGCUUCAAUGCAUCAGGUUUUAUUGGAAACAAACUUUGUGGACUACCACUUUCUAAUAAAUGUACUAUUGAUGAUGUAAACCCUGACAAAGAAAACAAAGGGAGUAAACAUAAUGGUGGACUUGAAGUGGAUUGGUUCUUUGUAAGCAUGGCGCUCGGCGUUGUGGUUGGGUUUUGGGGUGUAUGUGGCCCUUUACUAUUGAACAAGCAAUGGAGAAUUAUGUAUUUUCAAUUCCUAGAUCACAUGGGGUACAAGCUUAAGAGUCUUGUUUUGUUCUAAGUAAAUGUAAUAAGAUUCUUAAUAUUUUGUGUAAAUGUCAUGUUUAUCAAUAUUUUGAUGAUUUCUAGA